UUCGCUGGUCCAUUUUGAAAAAUUAUCUUGACAUUGUUUUCGUUCACAUGAUUGACACAAAUAUAAUAUUUUUCACACUUUAUACAAAUAUAUUUGCUUCUUUCCUCCCUUGCAGCCACUUUUUAUACAAGUUCAAUAUUCAAAUAUUGAAAUAUUUUUUUAAUUCAUCUUUUCCUUCGAUUGUUUCAUCGCCCGGUACAAUAAUUUGACUUGUGUCACUUAGUUAUUUCAUAUUAACGUAUAAUAUUUUAUAUUACACCACACUACAUACACUAUACUAUAUUAUUAUAUUAUAUAAUAUUGUACAUAUAAAAAAUUUU